UGAGGUUAGUUUACAACAUGGACCAGUGGUGAGGGACUGUUUUCGUCUUCCCUUGGUGAAAGUAUUUUUAUUAUUCCUAUUACUAUGAUUUCUAUAGAGUUUGAAAUGUGUUGACAGUUCAACAUGUCUUACCGUCUCUAAUUAGGAACAUACUCUUUGAUUCUAACGCUGUGAUUCUGAUCUUUUCGUAGUGUGGGUUUUCACUUUCUCUUCUACCUAAUUAAAAUUUCAUUAAAGACAGUCUUUUCUGUCAGCACUAUGAAUAUGAACAUCUAAAAUUUUCUAUCAUAAUUUGUCUUUCAAUCGACAGUGAUAGGAUAUUGAAUUUUCUCCAUGAUCGACAUUUCUUGAAACUGAAGAUUAAUCAUGUUCUCUGCGUUUAAAAGAUUAACUAGCAAAAAUGAAGCAGGUGACGCCCCGCCGCCAGGGCUUUCUACAAUGUCCUCAAAUCUCCAAAGGAAAUUUGCAAAAGGAGUCCAGUACAACAUGAAAAUUAUCAUCAAAGGGGAUCGCAAUGUUGGCAAAACUUGUCUAUUCACACGUUUACAAGGACGAGGAUUUUUACAAGAAUACAAUCAAACCGAAGAAAUUCAGGUUGCUAAUAUUCAGUGGAGUUAUAAAACUACCGAUGAUGUUGUUAAAGUUGAAGUUUGGGAUGUUGUUGAUAAAGGCAAAAAGAGAGUUUUGAAUGAAAAUUUGAAGCUUGGUUUUAAUACCCCUGUGGAACCUGUUGCGCUGGAUGCGGAAACUUUAGAUGUUUACAAAGGAACUAAUGGAGUGAUUCUUGUUUUAGAUAUAACCAAAAAUUGGACUUUUGAAUAUGUUCAACGAGAGCUUGAUCGUAUCCCAGAUUCAAUUCCUGUUUUAGUCGUUGGGAAUCAUUGUGACAUGGCCCAUCAUCGAACUGUCUCUGCUGAUCAAGUUUCUUUCUACUGUGAGCAAUUGGUCAGGAAAGCUCCCAUUAGGUAUACUGAGGCGUCAAUGUCAAAUGGUUUUGGUCUAAAAUUUUUGCACAAGUGGUUCAACUUGCCCUUCCUACAACUUCAGCGAGAAACUCUCAUAGGCCAACUAAGAACCAAUGAACGAGAGACUGAUCUGAUGGCAAUGGAGUUAGAUGUAUAUCAGAAAAGUGAUGAGGCUAGCUAUGACUGUUUCCUAGAUAGACUUACAAACAAACGACGGCAUGUAGCAGAUGUGAACUCUUCGGUCCCUGCUGUACCUGGUGUCAUUCCUUCUGCACCCGCUCCUCAUCCAGUUUCUUCCAUACCAACUGCUGCAAACAAGAGCAAUGGACCAUCAAGUAGCAUUCUGCAAAGCCAGUCGUCACCGAAUUUAGCUGGGCAGACCAAUAAAGUCAUGGAAACGCCUGUUAAACUCGACUUAAGAAUAGACAAACAGUCACUAGAUCGAACAAUAAAAAGUGUAGAAGAAUUCGUACCCGAAGAGCGCCUGGAUGGCUCCUUCUUGGAGGACACGUCUAAUCCCACAACUCCCCAGAAGAGAAUUGAUCAGAACACAGCAGCAGAGUCGGACAGUGAUAUUGAAACCGAUAAUCCACUAGUAGCUAGUUUUCAAGACGAUUUGGAUCCAGAUGACUUCAGUGUACCAGCCUGUCAGCCGGACUGGAAUGAAAGUAGCUUCCUCUGUAGACCAAGCCCAGAAGGAGGUGAAGAUGUCAGUGAUGAUGUUAAAGAUAGCGUCGCCACACUUACAAUUUCUGAAAAUGAAACAACUGUGCCGAAAAAGAAUAAAGAAGAAAAGUCAAAAUCCAAAACGAAGGACAAAUCCAGCAAAAAGAAAAAAAAGCGGGAAAAGGAGAGAAAAGAUGAGUUAGAGGAAUUCUUGAACUCCCCUGAUGGAGCUUACCAAGCCUUGUAAAAGAAAAAAAUUAAAAAAACGUGAGGAAGAAUUUGAAAUGUUUUAAACGUAAUUGGUAAGUAAGAAGAUGACUUAAACAAGACUAGUGUGGCAUGUUCAACACAGGAACUGCUGCUUUGAUACUCGAGAUUCAUUUCUCUCUGACAAAGUGAAUCGAUCGGCGAUCAGUUAACUACAUUUGAUGAUCGAGUUUUGCCUGCCGUUCACUUAGAAAUUAAUAAUGAAGCUUGAGGAACAUGCAGAAUUUCUGAUCUUUCAUUUUUUUGUUUUAUUUUUGAACAAAAAACUGAGUUUUGUCAUUUCUUGAAAACUUUUGUGAUUUUUUUUCUCCAUGUGAAAAAUAUUCCAUGAAUAUUCAAAACCAUGGAGCUGGUCAAUUUUAUCUAGUAGGAUAAGACCAGAAAUGUUGAAACUCGAUGUUGCAUUGAGUUUUUCCAUGUACUUUCAUUAGAGAAUUGUGCGCAACAGCUGAGAUACACUCGGUUGAAAAAAUGAUACAGUUGGAGUUCAUAUUCUUAUUGACAGAUAUUAUAUACCUUAUACUCAAUCUCGGAAAGACAUGUGGAAGUUGGAGCAGGAUGUACAUUCGCCCGGUGCAAGACGAGAAUUCUCCAAUGUAGUUUACAGCGCUUCUACUUUCAGCGUGAGAAUUCUCAAGUUUGGUAAUGAAAAGGUUAAGUCAGGUGCUCAAAAAUGUGAUUUAUGAACUGAGAAUGAUGUUACAAUCAAGAUUAUGUGUUCACUUUAUUCUUGACAGCCAAUCAAGGUAGAUGGCAAGCAGCAAGCUCAUUUUCAAAGAACUAUACUUUGUUCCCUUUGGAACAAAAUUUGCUGCUGGAUUUACCUUCUGUUCUUGUACAAAAGGAGAAACAUACUGUUUUGUCCAAUAUGACUGUAUCGCAUCAGUUUUUGUACAGUAGAUGGUGUGGUGAUCAAGACUGCUAAAUCCUCUGUAGUAAAAAUUAAGUCAGGGCAGUCAUUGAGAAAAAAUAAUCAAAUCGAGAAACCUCUUGUCCAAAAAACUUUCAUUCCCAAAAGUUAAUGUUAAAUUUUUUUUUUUCUUAAUUCAAAGCCGGCAAGUAUGGAAUUACCUUUCAAGCGGCAAAUCAGAAUAUUGGUGCAAAAUCUUAAGAAUAAUCGGAAUGUUUGUAAAUGAAAAAGCACUUGUUAUCUUCUGUUCUAUUUUCUUUGAAAUUUCCUUCGCUUUUUUAUGUUGAUAGCCAUCUUGUUUUGUAUUCUUUAUUGUUAUUCAGUCAAAUGUUGAUGGAGAUUACUCUGAUGUUCUCAAGUAAAUAAAGAAAUAAUAUUUGCAGAUGAA